AUGGCCAUACCGGUGAACAACCUAAGGACCCAACUUGUGGCCCUGACCAAUUCGUCCGGCAUUCACAAGGAACAGGCAGACAAGUAUCGCUCGCUGCUGGACCAGAUCCUACUUAACACCGGCAACGAUCUGAUCGAUACACUGAAACUUUUCAUCGAAGCUAUUCUGAACGAACAUGUCAGCCUGGUAAUCUCGCGUCAGCUGCUAUCGGAUGUAAGUAACCACCUUACCAAGCUGCCCGAUGAAAUAUCCAAAUCCGUGGCGCACUUCACACUGGACAAGGUACAGCCGAGGGUGAUCUCGUUCGAGGAGCAAGUUGCCAGUAUUCGGCAACAUUUGGCACAGAUCUAUGAGCGCAAUCAAAACUGGAAGGAAGCCGCCAAUGUGCUCGGUGGUAUCCCGCUAGAAACUGGUCAAAAACCCUAUUCACUGGACUACAAGCUGGAAACGUACCUUAAAAUAGCUCGACUGUAUCUGGAAGACGAGGACCCGGUGCAGGCGGAAGCGUUUAUUAAUCGUGCCUCGAUCCUGCAGGCCGACACCAAGGAUGAGAAGUUGCAAAUCCUGUACAAGGUAUGUUAUGCUCGCGUACUCGAUUACCGCCGCAAGUUCAUCGAGGCGGCACAACGCUAUAACGAACUGUCGUACCGCACCAUUGUCGACGAGGGUGAACGGAUGACGGCGCUGAAGAAGGCGCUCAUCUGCACCGUGCUCGCGUCGGCUGGCCAGCAGCGGUCGCGAAUGUUGGCUACACUAUUUAAGGACGAGCGUUGCCAGCACCUGCCGGCCUAUUCCAUCUUGGAAAAAAUGUACCUCGAUCGCAUCAUUCGGCGUUCGGAAUUGCAGGAGUUUGAAGCGCUGUUGCAGCUACACCAGAAGGCGAGUACGCUGGACGGUUCAUCUAUCCUGGAUCGAGCCGUUUUCGAACACAAUCUGCUAUCGGCCAGCAAGUUAUACAAUAACAUCACAUUCGAAGAGUUGGGCGCGCUGCUUGAGAUUCCACCGCCGAAAGCCGAGCGCAUCGCUAGCCAAAUGAUCACUGAAGGUCGAAUGAACGGAUAUAUCGAUCAGAUCGAUGGCGUGGUGCACUUUGAAACUCGAGAAGUGCUUCCACAGUGGGAUAAACAGAUUCAGGGCCUAUGCUACCAGGUAAAUGGUUUGAUCGAGAAGAUUGGUGCGGCGGAACCAGAAUGGAUGGCUAAAAUAAUGGAGGAGGAAAUGUGCACAUGAAUGAGGCAGUGCCAGAUCUAAUACUAUCAGCAAAAAUGAUGUAU